GUGGGGGAGGGGAAUGUGUGGUGGUCUCCAAAACAUCCCAAAUCCCAAAACAGUAAAAAUGCCGACAGAUGCACAGUAGCGACUUACAGACAUUCUUUCACUGUGUUUUUCUGGAUGUGUCUUCUAUCUAACAGUUAUUUACAAUAAUGUACACAAUUUAGAGCAUUUUUACACAACGGAACAUAAAACACAAGUCUGUGGAUCACAUCCGUCAGAGCUGAAGAGCUUUAACAAGUUCUUUGACUCCUUGAAUUCUUAAUAAAGUGACAUUAAACAAUAAUUGCAUUGUUGCAACAUCUUUAAUAGGAUUAGUUUUAGCACCAUUGUAUAUAGAGUUAAUAUUACAGAGCUUACUUUACUCUAGGCUAACUUUAUUUAGUGAUAUUGUUACAAGCAGAGCUCUAAAGGUGAAAUAUUAGAGCAUUAAUAAAGCAGCAAACAUUUAUGUGCUUUAUGUAAAGAUGGUGCAGCAAUGUUUAUAUUGUGGUGUGGUACCCUCCCUCCACUUCCCCCUCAGGUCAGCACUGUUCGCUCAGUCAGCACUGCUGCCACUGUUUGCACCGUUAGCUCUGCUAGCAUCGUUAGCUUCCAGCCGUCGCCAUGUUGAGAGCCGUGUGGAGGCAAUCCCUCAAUCAUAUGCUCUGAAUUUUGUAUACGUCACAUUUAAACAUGUUUGCAAAUAGUUUGGGCUAUAUCUUUAAUAUUGAGUAAUAGACUGUUUGUCCAUAGAGCACAAUACUGACUAGGCUUAAACAUUUCAAUAUUAGAAAAGGAAGCAUCUAAGAAAAUUCAAUUUGAUAGCCUGUGAAGAGGAGGUCCAAUCAGAUUCACUGAGCAGUCGUCUGAUCAUCACAUCCUGGUUCACCUUUAUAUUGACAGAGAGGAUGCUGUGGGAGAAAAUGUAAGAUUUCAAACUUUUAGAAAAUAUACUGUGAUGUAAUUAUCUUUUUUUCUGCAGUAUGGAGCCAUUUGAAGAUUUUGGGAUUCAUAAUUGCAAGUUCUUCUCCAAACAAUGUUUUACAUCUUCAGUCGUUUAAACAAACAAACCAACUAACAACAGUGACUGAGUCAUCUCAGUGUGUCACUGGAGUCACCAGACUGCUCUGAAUCAAAGCGGCGGCAAACUUUGUGUUCCCAUCGUUUGAUUUCAGAUCAUUUCAUUUUGCGCCGCUGCAGGUGGUUCAGGCUCUCAGAUGUCUUCACGUUUGUGUUUUAAUCACUGGGAUUGUUUGCUCUCUCCAUGUGUCCUGCCUGUGAUGGAGACAUGUGUUCUGCUGCUCUACACAACCACAAAAAAUAUUUAAAAAGAUAAAAUGAGAUGAGAAAAAAAGAUGCUGGAAUUGGAAAUUUGUUUUUCAACUAAUGUAAGUGUAUUUAAAUAAUUAAGCUGUAUAUUCUAGGGCAGAUAUUUAGGUUAAACAUGUUAAUAAAUAGAUUAAUAAGUAUUCAUCCGCUCCAAAUAUCACAUCUUUAUGUGGAAUUUAUUAGCCUAUGUUCAGAUAUAUAAGCCCCAGAGUUAAAACCUGUGGUUGUUGGUUUCAAUAGUAAGAAACAACAUCCUGGAUUCCACACAUGCACCUGCUUUACCACAGCAGCUCAGUGUCCUCCAGGAAUCCUUCUGGGAAAAUGUCUCACGUUCAGCAUGUUUGUGUUAUCUGUGUUUGUAGCGCAGCUCUUCGUCCAGAAGAGGGCAGCACGGCCUUCUGUCUGUGCAGUAAAUAGAGCAGCCCAUGCGGAUAACUGGAAUUCAUGUUUGAACCAGGAAGUCAGCAGCUGAUUAACUCUGUCAAGUCACAGCAGCGUCACCGUGAGACCACUUCCUUUUCUUUUCAACAUAAAAGCCGAGACAGCAAAGGGUCCUCCUCCCUGCAAGGAUGCAACCAAGACUAUUCCCCAAAACAUCAAACAAUUGCUUUUAAAAGUUAUUUUGGGACAUUCUCCUUGAAUUGAAUGCAAGUUAUUUCUUGCUGAAACCACCACGAGGACGUUAUUUUCCACUCAGAAGUACAAAUCGGUGUGUUAUCAGUGAGGGAGAUAAACACUGUUUCACUUGAUAACAGAGAAUUACCACACAUGAUGAAAUCAACAUGUACUUACAUUUAAUUUAAGCUAGUCUUGUUAAACAAACAGCUGCAGGAUUUAAAUGUUUGUUUAACAAGUGGUGGAAUAUACAUUUACUAAGGUAGUUUAGUUAAGUACUAUUUCCAUUCUAUGCUAUUUUAUUACUAACUAACUACAACAUCAAAAUACAUGUAUUUAUUAGUGAUAUAAAACUGAAUAAUAUUGUAUUCUAUUAUAAAAUGCUAAAGCACUGAACGGAGCCAUAAUGAUUUCUGUCACUUUUCAUACUUUUUAGGCGACAUUCUUCUGUUAUUACUUUACAUUUUUCUAAUUCAGGACUUUUACUUACAAUUGAUUAUAUUUAUAUGAUAUGAUUUCUACUUCUACUGUAGUAGAGAUUUAAUCUGUGUACUUCACUUCAACGUCACAAGCUUUUAUUUUGAAAACACGAACACACCGGAAGAUAACACGGCUGUGCUGCCAGCUUUACGCUAAACUCAACGACGCAGCAGCAGUGACAGACCUUUUAUUCUUCAACACUUCCUCUGAUACGAGGACUACAAGUCAACCUGUACUCUCUGACAACAGCCUCAGCAGUAUUCUCUGGGUUUAUACAACAUGUCUGUGUUUGAACACUGCUCCAUUCUUCUGGAGCUGAAAACGUUGCCCUUCAAGGAGAAGAAGAAGCUGAAAUCAGCAGUAACGGAGAACGGAGGAAACAUCUGCUAUGUGGUCAAUAAACAGUGCACUCUGAUAGUGACCAGUGAUGUGGCCGACCUGAGCUCCAACCGGCUGCGUGGCAUCCAGAGGCACCAGACGCCCGUGGUCGGGGUGGACUACGUGUACGGUUGUCUGGAGAGAGGCGUUCUGCUGCCUGUGGACGGCUACAAGCUGGAUGCAUCCUCUCCUUCUGCCUCCUCUUCACCUACUCUUUCUCCCUCCUCACCCACACCAGCGCCGAUCACACGUCAAGCGUUCAAAGUACCAGCUGCCGAGCCGACCAAAGGCCCGACCAAAGGCCCGACCAAAGGCCCGGCCAAAGGCCCGACCAAAGGCCCGACCAAAGGCCCGGCCAAAGGCCCGACCAAAGGCCCGGCCAAGCCCGUGGACACUGUCGGCCUGAGUCAGAGGGCAGAGAGUGGAAACGUCCUGGAGAAGUGCAGAAUUUUCACAGAAACUGAUUCUGAUCUUCCAAAGUAUCCGGAUCAUUUCCAAGUGGCGAAGUAUUCAAUCUUUGAAAAGAUAAACAGCAACACUUGGUGUGUGCUGGAGCUGCAGAGUCACAAAGGAGAGAAAGGAUGGAAGUACCGAGUGGUCAAGUACUGGAAGGACGAUAUAUCAACCAAGAAGGAGGCGGUGAGGGACACGCUGGUGUUUCUGUCCACCUCAGAAGAAGCUCUGGAGGUCUACAAGUCCCUGAGAGAGACCCUGCAGGCCACCGGUCUGCAGCUGAGGACCAGCACCCCUCCACAAGUCUCCCACCUGGGCUCUGCCCCCCUCCAGCAGCUGCUGCUGGAGGAGAAGCUCAACACGGGAAGCUUAUCACAAGAAGUGGGCGUGUUUGUAGAGCUUCUGUGGACCGAGGCUCUGGGUCUUCUCGGCAACGUCCUCCGAGUUCCGAUCGACAAGCUCAGCCUCAACGAUGUGAGCAGGGUGGAGGGCUUGUUGCUCCUGGCUCAGAGGAAGUUCAGGGAGAACAAUCAUGCUGCGGCUGGGUUUCUCCUUGACGAGGUUUACACGCUGCUGUUGCACGUCGUGCCCUUCCAAUAUCCUCCCACCGCCAAGCUCAUCUCUCAGAAACUGGACCUCUGUCAGUUAAUCCGAGAUGUUCUGAACGUGAGCGAGACGACCCUGAGAAGCCCCGUGCCUUCCUCUCUGGGGAAGUACCGCGCUCUGAGGUGCAGCAUCGAGACCGUUCCCCCGGAUACCUCCGAGUUUCAGGCUGUGACCGCUCUGCUUCAGAGCAGGAGGGUGCAGGUCCGACAGGUUCUGCGUGUCAGCAGAGGGGUCGAGCUUCAGACGUUUAAGAGCGAGGUCGGGAACAUUAAGCCCCUCCUCCAUUCCUCCAGCCCCAGCAAUUUUGUGGGAGUCCUGUCUCGUGGUCUGCUGCUGCCCCGUGUUGGAGUGGAGCAUCAUGGGAUCGAGAGGACAGAUGUCGGUAAUCUGGGCAGUGGAAUCUACUUUAGUGAUGCCGUUAGCACCUGUCUGAAAUACUCCAAGCGCAGUGAGACGGACGGCUCUCGGCUGCUGCUGGUGUGCGAUGUGGCGUUGGGACGCUGUAGUGACGUGCACAAGAGAGACGUCACUCUUACCCAGGCUCCCGAGGGACACCACAGCGCGCACGGGGUCCGCCGCACCCGCAACACUCCCUCUGAGUUUGAGGACGAUGAGUACGUGGUGUACAGUCCCGACCAGGUGAAACUGAAGUACGUGGUCCAGUUCAGCAUCGAGGGAGACCGGCUGAAGGAGUUCAGUCCUGCCGUCGACACCUCAGCUGAGCCGGCUCCGCCCUCUUCUGACCAAGGUCGGGGCUUGAUGUUGGAGGAUGACGAGGUUGAAAGCAUUAGAAACCCGCUGGCGGACGUGAAGGCCGGCCUGUUGGACAGCUCGGGUCAGCAGCUCCCUCUGCAGGCCGUCCACGUGAAGUGCAAGCUGAUGGAUCUGCUUUCACAGGUCAUCAUCUUCCAAAAAUACACCAACCUGAGCUCUGUGCCCAUCGAGGCAAAGUAUGUCUUCCCGUUGGACGAUUCUGCAGCAGUCUGUGGAUUUGAAGCUUUCAUCAAUGGGAAACAUGUGGUGGGACAGGUGAAGGAGAAAGAGACGGCUCGCAGGGAGUACAAGCAGGCUGUUGCGAAAGGCCACGGAGCCUACCUCAUGGACCAGGACGCCCCCGACGUGUUCACCAUCAGCGUGGGCAAUCUGCCGCCCGGUGCGACGGUCCUCAUCAAGGUGACCUUUGUGUGCGAGCUGAUGGUGAGGGACGGGAGUAUUCUCUUCUCUCUGCCCGGGAGUGUGGCCCCGUGGCAGGAGAGCGCAGCGCUCAACCAGACCACGCAGGUCACUGUGGAGAAGGUGUGUGUGACCGAUGAGGCGAGAGAGUUCACCCUGGACAUGUCAGUCGAGAUGCCCAAUAAGAUCACCAACCUGCAGUGCAUCACGCACAAAGUCAAGAUGAAGAGGACUGACUGUAAGGCGGUGGUGAGUGUGCUGCCAGGAGAGGUCAUGGGUCAAGACGGUUUCCAGCUGUCGAUCACUCUGUCUGAGGUGCACCUGCCCAGGAUGUGGGUGGAGAAACACCCUGACAAGGACAGCCAGGCCAGCAUGUUGGUUUUCUAUCCAGACUUUGAAGUCGACUCCGCUUUAGCGUCCGAUGAAGUCGUCCUGUUGGUGGACACGUCCGAGUCCAUGAAGGGAGAGUCUCUCCGCAUGGCCCGGAGAAUCGCCCGGCAGGUCCUCAAAACCCUCGGCCACAACCUCCGACUCAAUGUCAUCUUCUUCGGCACAGAUCACUCAGACGCUUUCCUGACAGCACAGCCGCUCGCUGAAGCUCGCCCGGCAGCAGAGAGCUUCAUCAAGCUCUCCUCUCCAGCAGGGGGCGGCACUGAGCUGUGGCGGCCCCUGAGAGCCCUCAGCCUGCUGCCUCCGUCCCGCGGCGUCAGGAACCUGCUGCUGCUGUCGGACGGCCACGUCCAGAACGCAGAGCUCGCCUUGCAGCUGCUCCGAGACAACGCUCGGCACAGCCGCCUCUUCACCUGCGGCCUCAGCCCGACAGCCAAUCGGCACAUGCUGAGAGCCUUGGCCCAGGCGGGGGGCGGAGCCUUUGAAUACUUUGACACAAAAACCAAACACAACUGGGCAGAGAAGGUGGCGUGUCAGGUGAAGCGUAUGGCGUCUCCCGGCUGCAGCUCGGUGUCGGUAAAGUGGCAGCAGUUCAACCCAACGGCGUCUCCUCCUGAACAAGCCCCCAAGCAGCUCCACGCUCUGUUCAAUGACUGCCACACGCUGGUUUACGGCUUUGUGCCGCACUGCACUCAGGCCACCCUGCUGGGAAAUCUGAGCGGUCAGGAGCUCAAAACCAUGGUGUCAACCAGUGAGCUGCAGAAGACCAGGGGCACAGUAAGAACACACACACACACACACACACACACACACACACUCAGCAGUCUCAAUGCAGUCUUGUGUGUUCAGUUCCUUCACAAGCUGACAGCGAGGGCCCUCAUCAGGGAUUAUGAAGACGGAAGCCUGGAUAGCAAUGAAGCUGAACAUGAGGGGAAGAAAGCGGAGUUAAAGCACUUCAUCAUCGAGUUAAGCAAAGAGUUCUCCAUCCUGUCUCAGUUCACCAGCUUCGUGGCCAUCGAGGAAAGGGACUCCAAACAAACCGAGGAGGGCGUCACAGACAUCCCCAAGUUGGUUUCAGAGGAAGACGUGGACUUCCUCCCCUACAUCAGCUGGGAUUCUCCUCAGCAUAGUGAAGAGGAAGGGUCUAUGGAGGAGGAUGAGGAAGAGUCUAUGGAGGAGCAUGAGGAAUGCCUACAGUCUAUGCUGUUGGAGGAAGAUGAUGAUGACUGGGGAGAAUGUGCUGAGGAUAGGUCUUUUUCCCUGCUGGUAACGUCACACUGUGUGUUGUGUAAUCAUUGGGGAAAGGAUGCUUUGUUGUUGUGUUUACUAAUUGUCCCUUUGUUGUGCUGUUCUCGUCUCUUUGUUCUGUUGUGGGGCCACCUCCUUCCUCAGGUGAGGAAUCGAACACUCUCUCCAAGUUACUCACCCACGAGUGCAUCUUCCUCGAGUAUGUCACCUAUGUCAUUUCUUGGAAACUGCAAAAGCAGUCCGGAUAGUGAAGAGGCCAUGUUGGCUGAGUGUAUUUUCGGAUUUCUUUCUGCAACAGGGAACGUUGACAUGCCUCCCCCUGGGAGUGCUCUUCCUCCUCCUCCUCCUCCUCCUCCAUUCCAAGUUUUAAAAGGGCAACCCCAAUUUUUUGCCUCUUCAGUCCCUCCACCUCCCCCUCCUUUACAUCAACCGUUAGGCCUCUCCUUCCAUCCUCCUCCUCCUCCCCCUCCUCCUCCUCGCCCAGGUGGUCCUCCAUCCAUACCGCCCAAAUAUCUUCAUCCUGCCAGGUUAGGUCUGGUCUUGAGUUCAGCAAGCUUAGGGCUACAACGAUUCAAUCCACCACAACGUUCUGGUCUAUUCAGUUCAGCAGGAAUGUCCCCUCUCUGCGGCACAAUGGGAGAUAUUGGAACUUUCGAGAGUGCACCAAUGCCUCGGUCUCUUAGCAGGAGAAAACGAGUCGGGAGUUCAUUGAGCUCUAUGACACUGCCUGAAGCUGCUCCUCUCUCAGUGCUGUCUGAACGUAAGGCCGGAUCCUCUGCAAAAGAGAGAGAGUCUUCAGACUCGGUGCUCACAGAUAAUAUCCUGACAUCCGCAGACUCCACUUUCGGCUAUCAACAACAACAACAACAACAACAACAGUCGGGUGUUAUUACCGACAAAAAUCAGUUGUCUCAUUUCAUACAGCGUGGACAACAACCACGUCCGAUCCUCGCUCAACAACAGUCAGGUUUUGGUUUCUGUGGCUCUCUGCCUCAAAACCAAUCCCUUGAACAUCGUCCAAUGAGAGCUAGCGCUGCAUUUACACCUCAUCUAGAAACUGAUUCCUUAUCAAUGUCAGUAAUGGCUUCAAAUAAGUCAAGAGGAAAGCCCCAGAGUGACCGUCCUCUUUAUGGAGGUGAAUGUUACUCUGGUCAUCAGGAGGAGCUUUCACUUCGAGGUCGUCAACCUCCAGUGAGGCCGGACGCAGAACAACCGGCAGCUGCGGCACGACGUUUCAAACGUCACUCUCAUCAGCCGGCUUUGCUGAGCAAGUCAUGGGAUCCUGAAGGGCCGCAGCUCAAAUGGACAAAGAUCUUCCAGAUGCAACAUUCAGAGGGCUACUGGGAGUUAACCACAGAGCUGGGUGAACUCAUGAAUGUCAAUGUGGACCUCUUUGCCAACGUGUUCCUGAAAAACAAGGGCAUCCAGUCUCUCGGUGUGAGGGCCCACGCUGACAUCCUGAGGCUGGUGGCGACUCUUCUGGUGCUGCAGCUGAUGAGGGUGGAGAAGCUGGAGGAGGGCAAACUGCUCCGCACCCUCUUCAGCCUGGACGAGUCCUCUCUGCCCAGGCCCGCGCGGUGGGCGGAGGUGAAGCGGGCGGUGGACUGGGUUUGCUGGGCGGACCGUCAGUACCCGUGCGUCUGCAGCCGGCUGGAGUUCGGUCUGAGCUGGGAAACCUCCACCCGUCAGCUGCUGGGCUUCGAGGGCCUCCCUCCCUUCUCAGCUCUCACGGGUCUCAAGCUGCAGAAGACCGUUCGCCAUCUGCUGGUCCUCUAAACAGGCGAUAGUGUGAGAGAUUCAUACCGCUUUGAGGGGAUGAGAUUAUCUUUUAUUUUCACGUUGAUAUAUGUUUAUUUGGCUUACGUGAAGCACUUUGAACUGUCUGUCAGUGUGUUUACGUGCUCUUUAAUAAGCAGACACAGUCGACUUUCUGCAGUAACACGAUUUCUUUAAUCGGGGUAGAGGAUGUCUUCACUUUCUGAGCCAUGUAUACUGGUUCUAAUCGUCUUUUUACACGUUUAUGUUAAAGCCUUCAGACAGAUGGGGAAGUUCAGCCCAGAAUAAUCUCAUCCAAAAUCAGACUGAAACUGAAGUUUGCUCUGAACAUUUGACUGUUGGAUUGAGACACAUUGGGCUGCACCAUUAUGGCCAACAUGAUAAUCACGAUUAUUUCAAUAAAUAUUGAGAUCACGAUUAUUCAUCGAUUUUAGGGACAAAAUAUUGUCAUCGCACUUUAACAAUUAAAUAUAUUGUGCUGCAUGCCUGACAAUGUUCACAUAUCUGCAUCAAAAUAAGAGCUUCUUCUUGAUGCAAACGAGCAUCCGCUAUAAACACCAGGAUACUUGCAUCAGGUAGCUUUUCAGUGUGUCUGUGUGCAUUGUAUCUGUCCAUGAACCAUAAAUAAAUAAUAUGCAGCAGACUUUUCUUUUGAGCAGUCGAUCAUUGUAAGGGCCUGAGGGGCAGGGUCGUGGCU